AUGAACUUCUUCGGUCUGGACAUCGCCAUGAUCGGCUAUCAGGGCACCGUGUUCCCGGUGCUGCUGACGGUGUGGUUCAUGAGCGUGCUGGAAAAGCGGCUGCGCAAGGUGAUCCCCAACGCGCUCGAUCUGAUCCUGACGCCGUUCCUGACGGUGGUCAUCUCAGGUUUUGUCGCCCUGCUGUUUAUCGGCGCCGGCCGGGCGCUGGGCGACGGCAUCCUUCGUGCUCAGCACGCUGAUUGCCCAUGCGGGGUGGUUCGCCGGGCUGCUGUUCGGCGGCCUCUAUUCCGCUAUCGUCAUCACCGGCAUUCACCACAGUUUCCAUGCGGUAGAGGCCGGGCUGCUCGGCAACCCCAUAUCGGCGUCAACUUCCUGCUGCCGAUCUGGUCGAUGGCCAACAUCGCUCAGGGCGGCGCCUGCCUGGCGUGUAUUUCAAAACCCGCGACGCCAAAUCAAAGCCAUCGCGGUGCCUUCGGCCUUUUCCGCCAUGCUCGGCAUCACCGAGCGGCGCUGUUCGGUAUCAACCUGCGCUCGUGA